AUGGCGGCUCUGCAUCAGGCUGCCAACAUCAACUUGCCCACCAGUGUGAGUCUCUCCAGAAGUCAGCCCCAGGCGCGCUCCACCCCUCUACACCCCACCACCGCCACGCGCAAUGGUAACAAGACACACACCAGUCAGCCGCAGUCCAACGGAUCGCUGAGGAACGGCCACAGACACAACCACCCGCACCCUCUGCCCCGCGCAGCCUCCUCUUCCUCCUCCUCUUCCUCCUCACACACGCCGUCACACAGUCAUACACACGCUCGCAACCCGAAGAAGCUGCAGUCCAACCCCUCCAUCACCAGCCAGGGGAGCAAGAGGAGCAAGGGCAGCUCCAAAUCCAACAGCUCGCAGAUACCCACGGAGGGACAGGACGAUUGCUGUGUGCACUGCAUCCUGGCGUGCCUCUUCUGUGAGUUCCUGAUGCUGUGUAACAUCGUGCUGGACUGUGCCACAUGCGGCUCGUGUGCAUCGGAUGACGCAUGUUUCUGCUGCUGCUGUGCGUCCGAGGAGUGCGGAGACUGUGACCUUCCUUGCGACCUCGACUGUGGCAUCAUAGACGCCUGCUGCGAGUCUGCGGACUGCCUGGAGAUAUGCAUGGAGUGCUGUGGGUUAUGCUUCUCCUCCUAAGUGAUGGACGGGAGGACCGACCAAUCAAAUUGCCAGACGUCUUGACUGACGGGCGCGUCCACCAAUCACCUGCAAAGCGCUUGCCCUUGAGAUACGCACGGAGUGCCUCGAACUCUGCUGGUCUUCAUUAGUGAUGGAAGGGUCAACCAAUUACCUUCCAGAUGUCUUGAGUGACGGGCAGGUAGACUAAUCAAAUGCAAGCUCCUAGCAGAUAGGCAACUGUUGUGGUCCCGUCUCUUGGGCUUUGCCAAUCAAAGGAUGUCUGUUUUUGUUACUUCCAUGUGGCCUCUGCCUUCUCUACCUGCUAAGUGACAGGUGCAACAACUAAUGAAAUGCAAGCAUGUGGACAUGGCCUUGCAGAGGGCCGAGGGCUGAUGUCCCGCCUCUUGAGUUGGGUCCAGCCAAUGAGAUGUCUUUGAUCUGAGACUAAGUCAAUAUCCAUCAAGUCAAAGGAUAUCUUUUGUAUUUUCUUGCUUCCAAGUGCCAUUUGAAACCAACUCUGAAUGGACUGCCAUGUUAACCAAUCACCUGCCAGCUUUGGAGUGUCAAUCACAUGUUGCCUCUAAUCCUUUUGGUUGAGGGACCGUGUUUGGUUACUGCCUCCUAGACAAUCAAAAGAUCUCUGUACUUGCUCUUUAUACCUGAUGAACUUUGAUGGAACUUUAUGAAAUAUUAUUAAUAUCCCAGAAUUAUAACAUCCCAUAAACUCUAGAAUUGUAGGAUUUUCAAAUUCCAGUAUUUUUAACCAGAGACAUUCUCUUUACACCUGAUGAACUUUGAUGGAACUUUAUGAAUUAUUACUAAUAUCCCAGAAUUAUAACAUCCCACAAACUCUAGAAUUGUAAGAUUUUCAAAUUCGAGUAUUUUUAACCAGAGACAUUCUAAUGGGAACUAAGAAAAAGUUCUAUUAGAACUAAGGAAAUCUCAUUUCUGUCAAUGUUGGCUGAUAUGGGUAGUGGUUUUCAAGAUUUUUUUGAACAAGCCUGCCAAAGCCCCCCACCCACCAGGGCUGUAGGGCUGUAGAGCCCCUGUUGAGAAACUCUGGACUAGAGAAACAAUUGUUAUCAGAAAUGCAGUGCUAUGUGGCCUGGUAUUGUCCUGGUGGUACUGUGUAGGUCCCUGUACCUGACUAGUGAUGCUCCUGUACUGAACUGGCACUCUGAAUAGCUGAAUACACAUCAGAAAUGUUGCAGUCUGUGCAUGACGAAAAACAUGCACUAUGGCAACAUGGACAAAAGAAACACA